AUGAUCUUUACACGCACCGGAAUCCGUGCUCGCGCGUCUCUGGGAGCAACCCCGCUCCGUAGCGGCACUCACCACUACACCAACACUGGAGGCAAGAACAUCCCGUUAUCAACCAAGAACAAGACCGCGCUCGCGCUCAAGAUGACUAUCUAUUGCGGCGGCGGCUUCGCAGUCGGGUUCGUCCCUGGACAGUGGCAGAGCUACAAGGCUAACCGUAUUUGA